CCAAGACAGUCGAGAUGACGAUGACGGCGCAACAACUAGCCCGUUCCUUUAUGGCCCGCUGUACACAUCUGCUCGGUUUCUCGACAUACCGGUGAUCCCUCACAACAUGCGACACCUUCCCGACGAGCUCAUCCUCCAGAUCAUUGCCUUCCUCGAGCCCUCGGAGCUCGUAAACCUCCAACGCGUCUCGCGCCAAUUCCUCAACCUCAGCCGAGACAACAGGCUCUGGAGGCAACUAUGCUUCUCGCACUCCUACACCGAGCGACGCCGGCGCCGGCUCGAGAUCUCCGUCACCGCGCCGCCAGCUGAGACGGACCCGCGCCUGGCGGAGCUGAUCGAGGCUGCGAACAGUCUUGCCGGUACGUUCGAUGCCCGCGUACGCAACCCGCAAGCGCCAGGCGCAGAGGCGCGGUUGGCCAGGAACAAGGGGAAGAGGAGGGCCGCGCUGCUGAACAGCUGGGACCCCAGUGGGAUGGAAGAGAAGGCGAACUGGUACCAGGAGUUCGUCCAGCGCCAUGCCCCGCAGCACGUCAGCUGGUUCCAGGACGCCGGGCACGACGACGGGGACGGGGACGGGGACGAGAUUAGGAGAGAGGCCACGGGCGCAGGCAUACUGUACGAUGCAGAUGGCCUGGCCUCAAAGCUCGUUGCGCCACUGGACGAUGGGAGCAUACGCGUCUGGGACGCGGGGGCACACAGCUGCAGCAUCGGGAAGCUCAUCGCCCAGAGCGAAGUAGGCCUCCUCCCAAACAGAGGCCCCGAUCUCGAUCACGACACGCGCCUCACGCAAAGCCAGGCCAUCAUGACCGAGACCGGCGCCGUAGAAUGCGUCAGCAUCGACAGCGCCCAGCUCAGAGCCUUCUUCGCUGUCCAAAACACGCUCAACGAAGUCGACCUCCACACGCUCCAAGUCGUGUCCCGCACACCGUAUCCCUUCCCCAUCACCGCACUGAGCGAAGCACUCCACCCCGCCCCGCUGACAGUCGGCACGAACUGGACACUGCACUUGCACGACACGCGAAAACCCGCACCUUCGUCCUCACGCGUCGAGCUCCUCAAUACCUCGACCUCCUUUUCGCGCCUCGACACCGGCGACUUCGGCGGCCACGUCUCCCUCAGCCAACCGGGCGCUCUCUCCAUCGCGCACCUACCCAGCUCCCUCGGCGACGGGAACGGCGACAUCUGGGUGAGCGGACGCUUCACCUCGUUGCUGAACUUCGACCGCCGCUUCUUCCCGCGCCUGCGCGGCACCGUGCACUCUGGGGCGCGAAUCUCCAGUCUCUCGCUGAUCCCGACGCCGUUCAUACCGAACAGCUUACGCCUAGGCGCGCCGUGCUCGUCGCCGCGGAUGUUGCGGGAGGCGCGGGAAACGGGGGGUGUGACGCUGGUGACGGCGGGUGAGUACAAAGGCAAAGGCAGUCUCGAGCUGUACUCGCUCUCGCCCUCGCCGACCUACGCGAUCAACAGCUCCGACUCGCGCACAACGCGCAACACAAGCGCGUGCUACCAAAACCGACAAACCGCGUCGUCUUCCAAACUGCUGAGCGUGGCGAGCCAUGGUACGAGAAUAGUCGUUAGCGAUGGAGACGGGAACAUGAAAUGGGUGGAGCGCGACGGCAGCACGCCCGUGCGGCAAUUCAACAUCAACGACUCCUCCAAGAGGCCCGAUACGUCGACGCAAGUCCAGAUCAACCCGGGCAGAGAGAGCGGGUACGGGGACAUCGUGCAGCGCAUUAUGCCCACCUCGUCGCCUUCGUUGCUGUCCCCGCGUUCUAGUGCUUCGACGCAUGAGCUUGGGACGGAGAACCUGGCCAUCUGGACGGGCGAUGGAAAGUUGGGCAUGGUGAGCUUCGGGAGGGACGAGGUUUUUGACGUGGAUACGUUUGAAGACGCGCUUGAGCGGCAAGUCGACGGCGAACAAGCGGAUGCGAGGUCGAUGGAGAAGGAGUACAGUCUUGAGAUGAGACGGGCGCUGGAACAGCAGGCUAGGGAGGUGCGGUGGUUGAGGGGAUAUGGCUUGUAGACUUGUGUCGAUAGAUAUACUAGAAGGUGUGUGCACAGCGACAGCCAAACAAUCUUGGCCUAGCAUCGAACAUGCGUCACGUCAAUAUGGGGAAAAGUAGUUUUGAUACUGGUGUCGUUGCAGUCAU